UGUCAUUCUGUGCAGUAAUCGUUGUUUCUAAUCGGUACAGUCAUUUCAUCAGGUGUGUACAGUGUCUCUAGACAUGCGACUGUUUGUGGUGAUAUUUUGUCUUUUGGCUUGCCUCUCUGUGAAGGCUUUGUCACCCAGCGGCCAGAAUGUUUGUAGACACACCCGAAUCGAGUCGUACACGGCCCAGGAGAGAUACUAUACAAAGUGCGGAUGGUUCAACUGGCGAAGAUGUACACGUCACAGGAGAGUAGUUCGUACCAGAACAGCCGUGGACUAUAGGUGCUGCUCCGGAUGGAACAGUGCUGACAACAUUCACUGUAAAAGAGCGAUAUGUACUGGAUCCGCCCCAGGAACUUGUCCAAACGGUGGUGUUUGCGUCCGGCCCACAGUUUGUUCAUGCAGGAGGGGAUUUGGCCAACCUAACUGUGCAGAUACCAAUGAAUGUCUCUCCGGUAAUGGCGGAUGUGAGCACCAGUGUGAGAAUACAAAGGGAUCCUUUCGGUGUAGAUGUUCCUCUGGAUAUCGGUUAGCUGAGGAUGGAAAGGCGUGCGCCGGUAAAUCCGCAAUCGGGAAAAAAAGGGAAAAAAUAUUUGAUCACACGAUAUGUCCUCAUUUUUAUUACAUUUCGUUAUGCCUCUAUCAGACUGCAGUAUACCGGCCGACCAGCGGGGAAGCCCUAGUUCAAUCGGUAUUUGGCUAAUCCAGCGGAACUGGGACUUGAACAGCCGUGGUAUUCCCUGGAUUGGUAUUUAGCAUAAGAGAAUGGAAAAAAUUCUAUAAGAUA